AUGUCAGGAUAAAAAGACUAUUCAGUUCCUAGUAGAUUUCCAUCCUCCAAUAGAAAAUUCAAAUUGAAAACUCUCUCUCAGUUUGAAGAAUCUCAAAUCAACCGCAAUCAAGAACUCGAACAUCAAUUGAAAAUGGUCUCAAAGUAAAAUGAUAAAUUAAGCUCCUUAAAUUAGUACUUAUAGUCCACACUAAAUAAGAGAAAUGAAGUAAUCUUCGAAGAACGAUAACUCUAUAAUAAGACGAAAUCCAUAGUAAGUCCUUAGAAAUCUAAUUCUACAUCGAAACGCUAAUCAUAAUAAUUUCAUUCGAGGAAAAGUUCAAUGCCUUACUUAACAUAAACGAGCAGACUGUAAUAUGUAGGAGAAGAGUAUUUUCGAUUGAAUUAAGUCUUAGAAAUUAAUAUAUCAGAUGAAGAAGCCAUCUCGUAUUUCGAGAAUGAUCCAAAUAUUAAGUUUGUUAGGUAGCUAGAUGAGGAAACAUUCGUACAAAUAGCAGAAGAAUAAAAUAUUAAAAAGUUACUCUAAAUACAUGAUCAUAUAUUGAAGUUGCAAAACUUUAUAAAGGAGAUGUUUGAGGCUAUCCUCAAAUUUAAAAAGAUUAUUAAAGCCUCCUAUUAAAUGAAUCAGUAAGGUCAACUUAAUGAUGCAAUUAGUUGUAUUGUAGAUCAAACUUAACAAUUGAUGAAUUGUGAACGAGCCACCUGCUACAUUGUUGAUGAAACUAAAGGGGAAAUUUGGUCCAGAGUUGCUCAAGGAAUAAAUUCCAUAAUCCGUAUGCCAAUAGACCAGGGUGUAGCUGGCUUUGUUGCAUUCAGAAAGGAAUCUGUCAACAUUCCCAAUGCUUAUGCAGAUGAUAGGUUUAAUAGAGAAAGUGAUCUGAUUAACCAUUUCAAAACAUAAUCUAUAUUAGCUGCUCCCAUCAUCGGAGAUAAUAAUUAAUGUCUGGGUGUGCUUCAGUGUUUAAAUAAGAAUUAAGGAGUGUUUACUAAUGAAGAUUCGGCAUAUCUAAAAUACAUUUGCAAUUUUAGUAAAGCUGUUUUAAAUCAUUCUCUUAAUUAAAAUCAAGUUGAAUCUACCCAAAACAAAUUGAGACAUGUAAUUAAAUACUUUUUAGAUAUUAUUUAAAUUGAAGAUCCAUGGAAAAUAAUCUCUAUUACAGAAAAAGUAUUGAAAAAAAUAAUGAAUUGCGAAGAGGCUCGGUUAGUUCUUAAAUCCAAUGAGUCUGUUUAUUAUAUGAAGUAUGGAAUCUAAUAAGAAACUACUGAGUUUUUGGGCAUAUUCAAAAAGGUGAUUGACAGUCAAUGUAAUGAAUCAACUUUGAACAAUAAUUCUAAUCCAUUUUUCGAUCCAACUUUAGAUAUAGACACAUAAAUGCCAGCCAUUACGAUGCCUAUUAAUAAGAACUCUGCAUUCCAAGUAUUAAACUUAAAAGGAGUCAAUAAAAAACAAUCUUAACAGUCUCACAGUGCCUUUGUGUCUGGUCUAGAAUUGGAGAUGUUAGAAUAUAUUAGAUCAAUCUUGUUCAUUAAAUUAAAAUGA